GUCCCGUUGCAGCUGCAUCCGAAGUAUUUAGGGAACUGAGAACUCAAACUCUUAACGAAAAUCCACUAGAAAAUGUUGGAAUAUUUCCUAUCUAUCUUUUUGAGCAAUUAAGAAAAAUCGCCAUGGAGAUUAGUGAAGGAUGUAAAGAUAUAUAUAAAUGUUGUGGUGGAUUAGAACCAUGUUUUAAACAGCAUAUUUGUUGUGGAAAGGAUGUAGGCACAAUUGGAUGUAAAAUGGUUUAUGAAUGUUGUAACAAAGAUGUUGAAUCUCGCGGUUGUGAAUAUGCACAUAAAUGUUGUGGGCAAGAGAUUGGAUCACCGGGAUGUACCGAUGUUUGCAAAAAUU